AUGCUCUCUGGAGCCCUGAAAUUAGUGAGCAAUGGUUUGAAGACGGCUAAAACGUACCAGGAAUUGGGUCUUUUGAAGCCUCAGAAUGCUGCGAGUCCGACGCAGACAUGUUGCGCAUUUUCUUGCAAAAAGAAGAAGGGCAAAUGCAAGAAAUUGAACAAAGAAGAUUGCGAAGUGUGUUGCGUAGAUGACAACGCUUGCAAGCCGCCCAAACCUAAGACAUGCUAUUACGGAAGACCCCGCAAGCUAGCAGAGUGUGAGAGAGACCCCUUGUACGAGUACAAGAGAUGCUUGGUGAACAAACCGCCAAAGUGUCCCAAGGUAUGUUGCGAAAAGGGAACGGAGCCCCCAUGUUAUCCAGAGAAGCCAAAACGCAAGAAGCCUGGUCAACCCUUCCAUACCAGUGCUUCGACUUUACAAUCGAAAAAGAAUGAUGCACCUUCUCAGGCUCCUGCGGAGAAAUCCGCCAAAGAUUCACCUAAAACCGAAUCUCCUGCCACUCAAAAAACUCCAGAUGCACCUGCUGCUCCUACCCCGGUGCCUGUGGCAGGCGGAGCCGCAGCUCCAACACCCGUCGCAAGCGGCGGCAGUGCUGCUCCUUCGGCAACCAUUCCAGAAAACACUCCGACACCCGUUGCAGGAGGUAGUGCCACUCAACAACCCGUCGCUGGAAGCAGUGGCACUCAACAACCCAUUGCUGGAGCCUCUGCUACCCCAGAACCCGUUGCACAGGAUGCAAAAGCACCAAAACCUGUUGCAGGGGACGGAAGUGCACCAAAACCCGUCGCAAGUGGAAGUGCUACUACAGCACCCGUUUCUGGGGGUAGCACAACGCCCAAACCUGUCUCAGGAGAAGCGAGCCCUCCUGCUCCAGCUGCUGCCAACAGUGGUGCUCCCGCACCAGCUGCUGGCGGUAAAGCUGCUGCAGAUCCAGCAAAUCCAAAGGUGCCACCAGGUGCUAAAGGAUUACAUACGUCUGCUAGGAUGAAUACUUAUCAGAGCCCUGAUCAACCAUGUGAGAAUCCUCCUCCGGGCAAAGGUAGUAUGUGUUGCAUUGAGGAUCCGCCCAAGCCCAAAACGAAGUGUGUCAAGAUUUGCAUGCCUGGUUGCAAACCAGCCCAGCACAAGCGCUGUGUCCGCAAAACAUUGCGAAAAUUUGAGCGCUGCUGCAAGGUGUUGCCCCCUUAUCCGUGCUUUAGGGAAUGCGUGAGGGAGCCUCUGCAGAAGAACGCCUUCCAGGAAUGCAACUGUCAUGAACCCCAGAGCGUGUGCUGCCAGGACCAGAGGAAAAAGAUUAAGAGACCGCCACCACAGGGUUGCGGUUGCCGUCCUGAGCCGUGUCCUCCGCCGUGCCCACCUCCGUGCCCGCCUCCGCCGUGCUGCGGAUGCUGCUGCAAACCGCCGAAGAAGCCGAAAUGCGGCUGUGAUUGA